CCAUCCAAAAUCCAGAAACCAAAACCAAAACCUUCACUUCUCAUAUCCUUCUGCACUCACUCACAUUUUCUCUAGAACUUCUUAUUAUUUUCUGUCCCAUGUCAAUGUCUACCUCCAAAACCCUAGAAAAACCCUUCAAAGCUUUUGAGCAAGGUCAGGCACAGGUGGGUUUUGCUGCUGUGCUGCAGAGAAGCACACCUCCUCCGUCCUCUCAAUCCGGCGAGAGAAGAGGAAGGCGAAAGCAGGCCGAGCCAGGGAGGUUUCUUGGUGUGAGGAGAAGGCCUUGGGGGAGAUAUGCAGCUGAAAUCAGAGACCCUAGCACUAAAGAAAGGCACUGGCUUGGCACAUUUGACACUGCUCAAGAAGCAGCUUUUGCUUAUGACAGAGCUGCCCUCUCCAUGAAAGGCUCACAAGCAAGAACCAACUUCAUUUACUCUGACAACACAACUUUCCAAUCUCUCCUCUCACCCUUUGAUGUCCAAACCCUUUUACCACAGCAAUCACAGUUUUUCACUACUCAGACUGCUAAACAACAACUCACCAAUCAAAACAGUCCACCUCAUCAUUCUAACGUUUUUCAGUCUGAUCAAAUCCAAUUUCAAAACCCUAAUAAUAUUAGGUCAUCAUCAUCAGCACAUGAUGAGGAUCAUGAGGGUUUCUUUUUCUCUGGCGAUUCGAGUAAUUCUAACUCGGGCUAUUUGGCCUGCAUUGUUCCUGAUAGUUGCCUAAGGCCUCCUUCGGAUAAUCACCACCCCACAAAUUACACAAACUCAAAAGCUUUGAAAAUUGAUCAAAAUUGUAGCUUCGCAAACCCUAAUAACUCCACUAUUGCUACAUUUCCUCUAGAUGUUACGAAUGUGCAAGCAGCUUCUAAUAACAACAAUGGAGAUCAUCAGAUUCCUUGCUUUGAUGGAUUCAGUCAUGGAUUCUGGGAUAACCAGCAGCCAUGGGAGUUCAAUCCUAUGAUGAUUGAAGAUGGAUGCAUGGGAGCGUUGUAUCCGAUCGUCGAAAAGUCAAGUGCUUAUGGAUCUUCUUCUUCAUUCUCUUGCUCUCCAUCAGUUCCUGCUAUUGGUGAUGCAGUCAUUGAGUUUGGCCACUCACUCGUUUGAUUAACUUCUGGUGCGUACGUGCACCAAUGGAAAUUAUCAAUUAAUCAUGCGCACGCACUUAUUUUUCUUGUGUCUUGAGCUUUUCUUGCAACCCUUUCUCUUUCAUGGUAAUUUCUACGUCUUUCGUCACAUAUAUAUUUUUG